UACCUUCCUGCCACUCUCUCUAUCAAAUCCGUGGCUCUGUGGUUGACCACUCCUCCUUGGGUCCGCUCUUUAUUGGCUUCAUUCCCAGAUCGAUCAGCGCAAAAUGCCAGCAGAACGGACGCGAGCUUCGAAGCGCAAGGUGAUAGAGGAUGCUUCAUUGACCUGGACUCCACCUUUGGACACAUCGACGCCUCAAAGCAUUGCAUUCGCUCCCAAUAUCACUCCAGGGACCUUCAAUGAUCCUCCAUCGCCAGUCGAGUCCAUCGCAGAGUCGAUACUAUUCCCUUCCACUGCUGAUACGCCUGCACCGAGCAAACGAACGACGCAUUCGAGGAAGAAGCCCGAAAACCACAUUCCGCGCCCUCCGAACGCGUUCAUACUCUUCCGAUCGUCCUUCAUCAAGAACCAGCACGUCUCUUCGGAAGUGGAGACUAAUCAUAGCACGCUGUCGAAGAUCAUCGGACUGACCUGGCAGAGCCUGCCCCACGAGGAGAGGCAGAUCUGGCAUGCCAAGGCCAAGGCUGCGCUUGAGGAACACAAGCGCAAGUGGCCAGAGUACGCGUUUAGACCUCUACACACGAAGGGCAAAGGCGGGACAGAGAAGAGGAAGGUUAGAGAGGUGGGCCCGAAGGACAUGAAGCGUUGUGCCAAGAUUGCCGAGCUUCUCGUCGAGGGCAAGAAGGGUGCAGAGCUCGAUGUCGCCAUCCAGGAGUUCGAUCGCCACCACGUACCAGAGAUCGUGACUCGCUUCGAGACUCCUAUCACUGCGCGGACAUUUCGGCGAUCAUCGUCUGCACCUGUACCGGACACAGAGCAUACGAAGCCGAUGUUCUUCGCGUCGUCGCCAGCGCCCUCGUCGCUCAAGAGCAAGGUUCGGGCGUCCACUUCGCAGCCGCGGACACCUUCUCCAGCGCCUUCGGAGGCAUACGGAUCAUCGCUUUGCGAGAGUGACGCCGAGUCGAAGUGCAGUUCUCCUGCCUCACCUCUCUCUGCUGUGUCUCAAGUUGAAACAUAUUCGCUCCCUGAUUCUACAAUUAACUUUGAUACAUUCUCUUUUAACACAUGCUCACCUGCAGCAGUCGACACCUGCGAUCCUUUCGUAUCUUACCAAACUUCACUUCACGUCUUCUCACCUGCACCUCACCUCGCAUACGCGCCACAGGAUGACGCGUUCGAUCCUACCUGUCUCUCCAUCAACACUACGCUUUUGGAUACCUGGGCAUCUUCUCCCUCGCCGGUCUCCAGCAUCCCCAGCACGCCGCAGUCGUUCCCGACGGCACCAAGUGUUUGCGAGUCGCCCUUUGCCAUGCUCACUGGUGACAUGCCAUCGAUGCUCGACCAGUUCUCAUCGCAGUCCUACGACUUCUAUACCCACGAUGUCAACAUUGCAAAUGGCUGCCACCCUGGAUACGCUCAAAUCUCCGGUAUCGACAUGCAGUUCAGCGCUACGAGCAUCGGAGCUUCGAAGGAAGGAAUGUCAGCGCUGUAUGACAGGUCGGCGCUCAGCCCUGUGGAUGGAGAGUUCUCACCAUCGUUUUUGCCGCCUAUGCCGUCUUUCGUGAUGUGAAGAAUGGGGCUCCUCUAAUCCUCUCCGUCUUCAGGCUCCAUAAGCUAGUCGAGUGUCGCGCAAAAUGCGAGCACGGUCGGUCUUUUCUGUAUCGUUAUUCUGCAUUAGUGUAUCGAUAAUGUGCUGCCCCGACAGCGUCAGGGCAUUUUUGUGUAAUCAUUCACACAGACGGUUCUCGCACAUACUAACCUUGAGAUUAUUUCCGAGCUUUGGCUUAAAUUUUGUACAUACCUUUGGUUUGGAAUGGAUGUAAUCGUUAGAUGUUUCUGAUGCCACGUCUCGUUGAGUAAUCGCGUG